UUUUUUUUGCUGAGAAAACACCAAAACGACGUAGUUUUGGCCUGGGAAUGCACAAAACACGUCGUUUUGGACGUUUUCUCAGCCAUUAUAAUGGGCUUGCGUCAGAUUUUGCUGGGUCCCACCAAUUUACUGUUCAUUCUCAUUUCUCCUCAACUCUUGUGUGUUUUUGGUUCUCCUCAACCGUGAGAGCUAUUUUCCUCACUGAUGUAGUGUUCGGGUUUUUUUUUUACACCUUAAUUUUCACUCAUGAGGGCUUUUUCCCUCAUUGCUGGGAGUGCUCUUAGUAAAAAUCAAAUAAAUAGAACACGCCUAAAUAUUGAACCAAACAAAUCAUUAAUGUGUACAUUCCAUACCCAUCCAAAAUAAAAAAUUUACCAUUAGAUAAACAACUAUCACUUUAUGUUUAUUAACAAGAACAACGAGGCUCCCUCCCCCCCACUCCUCCCUCAACCACCACAAACAAACAAGAAAAAAAAAAAAGGAAAAUAAAGUCUGGGUGUCUCCACCACGCCAAUCAUCGGCGUCAAAGGCAAUACCAUCAGCUUCGUCAAGUUUUUUUUCACCCCAGACAUGGACACAGAAGGACAACAAAUGAUUUGUGAAAGUUCUCCACAGGCCAUACAAAUUGACCCUAAAAGAGCUCGAUUUCCUUUCUGUAUCGUAUGGACACCUCUUCCUGUUAUUUCAUGGUUGAUUCCUUUUAUUGGUCAUAUUGGCAUUUGCAGAGAGGAUGGCGUAAUUUUGGACUUUGCAGGCCCCAACUAUGUUUGUGUCGACAACUUUUCCUUCGGCUCAGUGACUCGAUACCUACAGAUAGAUGCAAAGCUGUGCCGUUCAAUUUCCGUCUUGGCUUCCCAUAGAAAUGGAGACCAACAGAAUCCAAGUGAAUCUGAUGGAGAUAUUUUUACGUGGGAUGAUGCACUUCGAAAAAGCACACUAGAAUUUCAACACCAUUCGUACAAUAUCUUGACUUGCAACUGUCACUCCUUUGUGGCAAACAAUCUAAACCGUCUGGGUUUCAAUGGUGGCAGGUGGAAUGUGGUUAGUCUUGCAGUACUGAUACUCUUGAAGGGUAGGUGGGUGGACAGAGGUUCCAUCAUAAAAUCUUACUUGCCCUUUCUUAUUGUAUUUCCUUUGGGUCUUGUUCUUGGAGGCUGGUCCUUUCUGAAAUUUUGGGCUUUGUUUAUGAUUAUCCUUGUUGGUUGGUUUUUUAUUGGAUCAUAUUUUUUUAAGGCUUUAAUCCAGUUGUGAAACUUUAUACUUGUAUUUUUGUACCUGAACAUUCUGUCAAGUUCUUGUUUAUCUCGUUAAAUGUACAGAAACGACCAUGUAAUCGAGUAAAAAGUUUCACCGGUUAAUGCUA